AUGAAGUAUCCAGCUCUGCGGUCUGCAUCAUGCUUGUGGAAGAGCUUUUUGUUUAUUCAUGCAGUAUUUCCCCCGGGCUCCUGUGCUGCGUCGCUGUUCAUUCAAACAGACAGAAGAGGCUCCGGGUCCUGCUGCUGCGUUACUGACCGUAACAACCUGUAAACAUGGCGGCUCACCUGAAGGCGGUGAGCUCCGCGUGGAGGGCGGCUGCUCUGGCACCAAACCCCGCUGUGCUUUCACCUGCUGCCCUUUGCCAACACAGACUGACACAGAGAAACUAUUCAACAAAGCGCAUCAAAGUGGACCAGCCGGUGGUGGAGAUGGACGGAGAUGAAAUGACUCGCAUCAUUUGGGAGUUCAUCAAAGAGAAGCUCAUCUUACCAAACGUGGACGUGGAGCUGAAGUACUUCGACCUGGGUCUGCCUUACCGAGACCAGACGGACGACCAGGUCACCAUCGACUCCGCUCUGGCAACGAAGAAAUACAACGUGGCUGUGAAGUGCGCCACGAUCACCCCCGAUGAGGCCAGAGUUGAAGAGUUUAAACUGAAGAAGAUGUGGAAGAGUCCCAACGGAACCAUCAGGAACAUCCUGGGCGGCACGGUUUUUCGAGAGCCGAUCCUUUGUAAGAACAUUCCUCGCCUCGUUCCUGGUUGGACUCAACCGAUAACGAUUGGCAGACAUGCUUUUGGUGAUCAGUACAGGGCCACGGACUUUGUUGUGGAAAAGCCUGGAAAAUUUAAGCUUGUUUUUUGCCCGAGUGACGGGAGCAAGCAGCAGGAGUGGGACGUGUACAACUUCACGGCCGGGGGCUGCGGGCUGGGGAUGUACAACACUGACGAGUCCAUCACUGGUUUCGCUCACAGCUGCUUCCAGUACGCCAUCCAGAAGAAGUGGCCUCUGUACAUGAGCACCAAGAACACCAUCCUGAAGGCCUACGAUGGCCGUUUCAAAGACAUCUUCCAGGAAAUCUUUGAGGCGUCGUACAAGCCCGAGUUCGAUAAGCUGAAGAUCUGGUACGAGCACCGACUCAUUGAUGACAUGGUGGCCCAGGUCCUGAAGUCCUCCGGAGGAUUUGUUUGGGCCUGUAAAAACUAUGAUGGAGAUGUACAGUCAGAUAUUCUGGCUCAAGGUUUUGGAUCUUUGGGUCUCAUGACGUCAGUCCUGGUGUGUCCUGACGGUAAGACGAUCGAGGCGGAGGCUGCUCAUGGCACCGUCACCAGGCACUACCGUGAACAUCAAAUAGGCAAACCCACCAGUACCAACCCCAUCGCCAGCAUCUUUGCAUGGACCAGGGGACUGGAGCACCGAGGAAAACUGGAUGGAAAUUCUGACCUAAUAAAGUUUUGUCACACUUUAGAAAAAGUCUGUGUGGAAACUGUAGAAAGUGGAGUGAUGACUAAAGACCUCGCAGGGUGUAUUCACGGCUUGUCCAACGUCAAACUGAACAAACAUUACGUCAACACCUCAGACUUCCUGGACGCCAUCAAGAACAACCUGGAAAAGUCUCUACACAAGUGAAGAACAAUCAGAAGUCAAACUUACGAGCUGUAAACAUUUAAUUUUUACUUUUUGAAUCCUUGAAUUCAUUGUUCAUAAUGGAAACAAGUUUUUGUGCCUUUUUGUACUUCCACGUCCACAUGAUCCUUUUAUACUGCACAGAUGGAACAGUAUUUACUAACUGAGCUGUACUGUUUGCAUUCAUGGAUAUAAAAAUGAUCACUACUUACUAAAUAA